UGAUGCUCCACUUCGAAACCGUGCAAUUGCACAGCUAUAAAUUGAGUCCCGCAGCCGCUCUGCUUUUGUCGUCUCGCACAUCAUCGAUCUACUAUGUCUCAAUACAGAGACCCGUAUACUGAACAGCAGCAAGGGGGUUACGACCAGCAGUAUGGUGAUGCACCAUAUAACCAAUAUGACACCAGGCAACCACACCAGGCGUAUGACCAAGGCGGCUAUGACCCCCAUACAAUGGGCGAGUACAGAGACGACCCCAAUACGAACCCACAAGUUAUUACCCCAUCGUAUGUUCCGGAAGUAAACCCUCACGAGCAAUCGAACUUUGCGAAAGAAACUGGACGCCAAUCUCAGGAUUUCAAGACCUGGAGACGUGAGAACACUGGUGGUCUAUGGACAAAGGGGAGCCGAGUUAGCUGCGUAGGGAGGUUCUGCUGUUGCACGAUGAUGAUUGCUGUAUUCCUCGUUGUCAGCAUACUGCUUGCACUGCUUAUGUGGGUCCGUCCUCCGGAUGCUAUUGUUGGUACUGUAGCGCCAUCUACCACUCAAAAUGCGGUUCAACUAAACUCGGGAAGCAUCACGCUCAACCUGGGCAUCAAUAUAACUGUUGAUAACCCAAAUUACUUCUCCGUGUCUUUCAAGUCCAUAGAUGCAAAUGCAUAUUACCCUAUCAAUAACACUCUUAUCGGAACCGGCAAUGAGUCUGACAUCACCUUCAAUUCCAACUCGGAAACCAACUUCACAUUCCCAUUUUCGGUGGAAUUCAGCACAAACAUGUCUUCAAGCACACAAAUUUUGGAAGAUCUCGCUACAAAAUGCGGUGUGGGUGGUGGAGCAGUGGAAGAUAUCACAAUCAAUCUUGACAUCACGCUUGGAUUACGCGUCUUAUUUUUCGUGGUUUACCCGGUGCUGAACAUUCCCGCCAGUUUCGCGUGUCCGAUAACUGCUUCAGAAAUUUCGAGUUUGAUUCCAUCCGUUACUUCAUUACUACCUUGAUUCUCCUGGACGAAAAUGUAGCUGCGCAGCCCACUUUUGUAUCUCUUCUCGGACAUAGACAUGCACAUAGUUACACCGACUCCGCCGCCAAUCUCUAUAAAGGACAGUCACUAUCUCAUUAUUUGACGCUGGAUAGGUUUCUCAGUCACACCAUGCAUGUGCAGUUCCUAAUUUACCUGCCAAAAAUUUAUUCGUCCCAGUGCUA